AGAAACACUAAGAUUAUUGUUGCUAAAUAUUUUAAUGAGUACAACGUUAUUAUUAUAUUACUAAUGUCGAUCUCUGGUAAGAGUGUAAGAGAUCACAUCAGGUGCCAACAGCUUCUUUGUGUCGCCACCACACCAACUCUGUAACACUGUAAGCACUCCCUUCACUUCACUGGGAAUUGGUAGGUGCAGUGGAUGAUGAAGAGGGUGAUUACGAUUAGGAAUGAGGAAAGUGGAAAGAAGGUUUCACUCUCACUCUCACCCUCAGAUUUGGACUCCAAAUGCACCUUCACUCUCACUUUGAUGCGUUUGAUGGCCUUCUUCCUCGUUUCUUUCAUGCUCUUCUCUGUCAUCUUCUCUCUCUCUGUCGUUCUUCGUGACCCUCCUUCCGAUGGUGCCUUGCCCACAACACCAACAACCACUUUCUUUCAAACGACAUCAACCAAACAAGGUUUGGACAGUGAUGCCUCUGACUCUAUUGAGUUGCUAAAUGAUAAACUACUCGGUGGUCUUCUAGCGGAUGGAUUUGAUGAAAGAUCUUGUCUCAGCAGGUAUCAAUCAGCCAUGUAUCACAAAGGACUAUCAGAAAAGCCUUCUUCUUAUCUCAUUUCUAGAUUAAAAGAAUAUGAAGCUCACCAUAAAGAGUGUGGACCGUAUACUGAGUCCUAUAACAACACAGUGAAACAACUCAGGUCUGGUCAAUUUACUGAGUCCUCAGCAUGUAAAUAUGUUGUAUGGAUUUCAUUUAGUGGGUUAGGGAAUAGGAUAUUGACCCUUGCUUCUGCAUUUCUUUAUGCUCUCCUCACAAACCGUGUUCUACUGGUUGAUCCUGGAGCGGAUAUGACUGAUCUCUUUUGUGAACCAUUUCCAGAUGCUUCCUGGUUUCUCCCUACUGAUUUUCCUCUCAAUGGUCAAUUAAAUAGUUUCAAUCAGAAAUCUGAUCAAUGUUAUGGGAAAAUGCUGAGAAGUAACUCAAUUAGCAACUCAACUGUUCCAUCUUUUGUCUACCUUCAUCUAGUCCAUGAUUAUGAUGAUCAUGAUAAGCUUUUCUUCUGUGAUGAAGAGCAACAUUUUCUCCAGAAAGUACCUUGGUUAAUGAUGAAAACAGAUAAUUACUUUACCCCAUCUCUAUUCUUGAUGCCAUCUUUUGAGCAGGAGCUGAAUGAUCUCUUCCCGAAGAAGGAAGCAGUUUUCCACUUCUUGGGCAGAUAUCUGUUCCACCCCACAAACAAUGUGUGGGGACUUGUUGUCAGAUACUAUCAAGCUUAUCUAGCUAAAGUAGAUGAAAGAGUAGGCAUACAAAUUAGAGUGUUUGACCCAGAGCCUGGUCCAUUUCAACAUGUAUUGGAUCAGAUCUUAGCUUGUACUUUGAAGGAGAAUCUUUUGCCUGAUGUUAACCGCCAGCACGAUAUUAUCAGUAAUUCAUCAAGGGUGCCCAAGUCAAAGGCAGUGUUGAUGACAUCCUUAAGCUCUGGUUAUUUUGAAAAGGUGAGAGACAUGUAUUGGGAAUAUCCUACAGCAACAGGAGAAGUUGUUGGUGUUUACCAGCCAAGCCAUGAAGAAUAUCAACAAACACAGAAGCAAAUGCACAACCAAAAAGCUUGGGCAGAAAUGUAUCUGUUAAGCUUAACUGAUGUGUUGAUUACUAGCUCAUGGUCUACUUUUGGCUAUGUGGCUCAGGGUCUUGGAGGUUUGAAACCAUGGAUACUGUACAAACCAGAGAAUCGAACGGCGCCGGAUCCUCCUUGUCACCGGGCCAUGUCAAUGGAGCCAUGUUUCCAUGCUCCUCCCUUCUAUGACUGCAAGGCCAAGAGAGGAACUGAUACAGGUGCACUUGUUCCACAUGUAAGGCACUGUGAGGAUAUGAGUUGGGGGCUUAAGCUUGUUGACAAUAAUAGCUAGUUAUGAUCUAUGCA